AUGACCCUCAUGGAUAAUUUCAUUGAGUUGCUGAGGCCGAUUUUCGGCUUGAAAAGUUGGGAUUACCUUGUCAUUUGGAGGUUGAAUGAAGAUCAAAGUGCCCUUGAAUGGAUGGACUGCUGUUGUGGUGGAACAGAGAAUAUGCAGGGUGGUAAUGAUGAAAUGUUCUCAGGUUCUUCUGCUGCUCUUCCUUGCAGAGAUGUUGGCUUUCAACAUCGCAGGACCAAAUGUUGCGAGUUGUUAGCAGAGGUGCCUUCUGUAAUCUCUCUAGAUUCUGUCUCUGGCAUAUAUGCUGAAACUUUGAUGUCUAAUGAAGCCAAAUGGUUAAAUUUUGCACCCAUGUUGGAAUCAAAUAUUUCCCAAGACUCAAUAGGAACAAGACUUCUGAUUCCGGUACCAGUUGGAUUGGUCGAAGUGUUUGCGGCCAAGCAAGUGCCUGAAGAUCCUCAAAUCAUAGAAUUUAUUACAUCACAAUUCAACAUCUCGUUUGAGCAGCAAGCAAUGAUGAUGCAUUCAGAGGCCUUGAAUUCAAGUUUUUCAGUGAAUGUCGAUGGAUUUGGUGAUGUCCCGUUGAAGAACCCUGCGCCUGAUGAAACUCAUGAGAAAGAUCAGUCCCAAGGGAGGCAAAAUCAGGAUCUGCCGUGCGAUGUAUCCAUUGAUCGGGUGCAUUUGAGCCAUUCCCCUUUGAAUCUGUCGCAACACUUCAGUACUUGCAGUUCAGAUAAAUCCGGAAAGAAUGAGAUGAUGUUUUUCGAAGGAACGCAUGAUCAUCAGUUGAAUCCUUUUGCAUCCCCUCCGGGAACUGGAAUCCAUGAUAUGGAUGCAUUGCAGAAGAACAUGAUCAGCCAACAAGGAAAUAUGCUAAUGCAAAUGAUGGAGCCCUUGUCUAGCAAAGAUGAUCAAGCAAAUGAAAAUGACUCAUCUUACAAACAGGAGAAUGCUCAAUCAAAUUCAGCCUCUGACAGUGAUCCAAAUGAGGAUGAGGAUGAUCCAAAAAGCCGAAGGCGAAAUGGGAAGGGCCCUCAGUCCAAGAAUCUUUUGGCUGAGAGGAAGCGAAGGAAGAAGCUCAAUGACAGACUCUAUGCUCUCCGAGCCUUGGUGCCCAAAAUUUCAAAGCUGGACAGAGCUUCCAUCCUUGGGGACGCAAUUGAGUAUGUAAAGGAGCUGAAGAAGCAAGCGAAAGAUCUCGAGAAUGAGCUUGAAGACAAUUCAGAUGAUGAGGAUCCAAUGAACUCUGUGAUAACCAACAAUCAAAAUGUUUCCCAAUCAAAUAUCUUUCAGAGCAUCGGCGCCAUGUAUGGAACUAAACCUGAGACCGACAAUUACUCCAAUGGAAGUCGUAAAAGGGCAUUUGAUAAUGGAGGCAUUGACUAUUCACAGCGACAUCAGGAACGCGAAAACCACGAGGAAAAGGUCCAACAAAUGGAGCCACAAGUGGAAGUCACCCAGCUCGAUGGAAAUGAGUUCUUUGUGAAAGUGUUUUGCGAGCAUAAACAUGGUGGAUUUGUAAGAUUGAUGGAAGCACUGAGUUCUCUUGGCCUGGAAGUAAUCAAUGUAAAUGCAACCAGGCACACAUGUCUGGUUUCAUAUAUCUUCAAAGUAGAGAAAAGAGAUUGUGACUUGGUUCAAGCAGAUGAUGUUAGGGAGUCCUUGCUCGAACUCACUCGAAAUCCAUCCAGACCAUGGUAUGAGAUUUCCAAGAUAUCAGACAAUGGCGACAGAAUGGAUCAACAGCACCAAGUCCAUCACCACCAGCAUCAGCAUCACCAUCGCCACCACGCCCACCUCAUCCAUGGCUACCAAAUGAAUCCUCACCACCACCACCAUCAUCAAAACUAA